AUGGACAGUCCAGGAUCUGUGUUUCCCUUCAACUAUCCCUUUGUACUAACAUUUAAAAUGAUAGGGGAAAAUGAAAGAAAUAAAUACACUUUUCCAUUUAAGCUACAAGUAGAUAUAAUUGGAUAUACUUCUAAUGGAUGUACUUCUCUAAAACAUGUGCUAGAGGUAGCAGAAACAGAUACUGCUUUGAAACACAAGAAUAGAACAACGAAGCUUGUGACUGAGUUUAUUCUGCUGGGUUUCCCUGGUCAAAGAAAAACCCAGAACAUCUUGUUCUCAUUAAUCCUAAUGGUCUAUCUCCUGACCCUGCUGGGCAAUGGUGCUAUUGUCUGUGCUGUGAAAUGGGACAGGAGGCUCCACACACCCAUGUACAUCCUCUUGGGAAACUUCGCCUUCCUGGAGAUCUGGUACGUUUCCUCCACUAUCCCAAACAUGCUGGCCAACAUCCUCUCUGACACCAAGACCAUCUCUUUCUCUGGCUGCUUCCUCCAAUUCUACUUCUUUUUUUCACUGGGUACAACUGAGUGUUUCUUCUUAUCAGUCAUGGCCUAUGAUCGGUACCUGGCCAUCUGCCGCCCCCUGCACUACCCUACUGUCAUGACUGGAAAGUUCUGUGCGAUCUUAGUCUGUCUCUGCUGGGUGGGUGGGUUCCUGUGGUAUCCAAUUCCAAUUAUCCUUUUGUCCCAACUUCCCUUCUGUGAACCCAGUAUCAUUGACCACAUCGUGUGUGACCCAGGACCACUGUUUGCACUAGUCUGUGUCCCAGCACCUUCUAUUGAGCUUACCUGUUACACCUUCAGCUCAACUGUUAUCUUUGGGCCUUUCUUCUCUAUUUUGGGAUCUUACACUUUGGUCCUCAGGGCUGUUCUUCGUGUUCCUUCUGGAACUGGGAGAACUAAGGCUUUCUCCACAUGUGGCUCCCAUCUAACGGUUGUGUCUCUAUUCUAUGGAACCCUUAUGGUUGUGUAUGUGAGCCCAACAUCAGGGAACUCAGCAGAGAUGCAAAAGGUUGUCACUUUAGUGUACUCCGCAGUAACUCCACUAUUAAAUCCUCUCAUCUAUAGUCUUAGAAACAAGGACAUGAAAGAUGCCCUGAAGAAAGUCCUGAGAUUGAGAACAAGACAAAACUAA